AUGUCACACCGCCGAGGAGGAGGUCCUGCAAAGGAGGAAAUGAUGCCUUUCACAGAGACUUUGGAAGAUGUCGAAAGUCAAAUGACUGCUGCAACUUCAUCAGACAACAAUGGAUCGUUGGAUCCAAUGGCAGUGGAGAGUCGAAAGGAAGCCAAACAUAGACGAAUUCAAGAAUGGAAGGAAGGACCAUUUGCUGCAAGCAUGGUCCGCACAUGGGAUGAAGAAAAAUCCAGAUUCCAAGGCAACAUGCUAAAGGAGCUUGCAAAUGGAAACGAUUCAAUGCCAUGUAUUUGUUGUUCUGCCUUUGCGUGUAGCAAAAUUGGUGCUGGGCGAAUCGGAAAUAUUGCUGUGUUGAAGCAGUCUACCGAAUGGGUGGAAGAAAUAGAGGAAGAUGAAAAUGGCCAACCACGCACCAAACGCUUCACGAGGCCUAGGUUGGAUUUUGUCAUUGGACCGUAUUGGCCCAUGCUCUUCUUUGUCACCUUUCCCAUUAUUUUUGUUGUUUCUGGGCUGACUUUGGUGAAACGGAUUCCAUACACCCAUCCGGGUAUCGUGCUAGUGUGGCUCAUUUGUACGGUUGGCUUGAUUGUAUCCCUGUCAAUGACAGCCUUUCGAGAUCCAGGUAUUCUUCCAAGAUAUGACAAGCCGCCACCCUCGGCAGACGCUAAUUGGAGAUGGAGUGAUCGGACUCAUUCUUUCCGACCAAGAGGAGCUUUUUACGACCCAGACACUGGCGUCAUUAUAGAAGAUUUUGAUCAUACGUGUCCUUGGACUUCGACUGGAAUCGGAAAGAAAAACAUGGGUUCUUUUCAAUGUUUCGUCGGCUUGGUUUUUGUUUGCCUCAUCUUUGACAUUGUGCUCCUAACAAAUGGCAUCUAA